UACAGACAAAUGUGUUCUACUGCAGUACCAGAGGAAGAGGGAUUUCCGCGGGAGGCAGAGUGAUGAACGGAAGACCAGGAGAGGUGACACGCGGGCAUCAUGAGUCGGUGCACCUCAUCAGGCGGCCACGUGACUGUAACCCAGUGGGUGGGACAAGCAAAUAGGAUGGGCUAGAGUCCGAGCAUCCUCCCCCGCAACACUUCAGAAGAGAUGCGGACCAGAGUUCCACUCCUCACAAUCUGCACAGACAGCCGUUCCCUCGUCAACUCACACAGAGUCCCAGCACAUCGUUCAGAUCCUCGUCUAGUGCUCGAUCUUACUGACGUCGGUACACAACUACCUGAGAUGUGACGCACCAUGGCUGAGACCACACCGGGAAAGACUCGGAGGCGGACGGUUACCGUGAAGAUGUCUGGUGGUUCAAAGAGGAAGCUUGUCAGGACUUGUUGGACGCUUCUCUGCAUACUUGUCCCGCUCCACUUUUUCUCCGGAAGUUCUGGGGCCCCAGGUGCAGGUGGACAUCCAGGGGGAGCUGCAGGUGACGACAAUGACCUGUUUAGUAUACUCUUCCAUUCGUACAAGAAGGCGCUCCGGCCCGUCAGCAACCCGAACGACUCCAUGAUUGUUGAAGUAGGAGUGGCACUAACGCACAUCAUUAACAUGGACGAGAAGCACCAGACACUCACUGCGAAUCUGUGGCUAACGAUGGGAUGGAAUGACACGAACCUGACCUGGAAUGCAACAGACUACAACAACCUUCAGUACUUUACAGUCCCUGCCGACAUGGUGUGGAAGCCGGACAUUGUUCUCUACCAAAAUGUUGACCCGUACUUUGACGGUUGGUCGAGAGGGGAGAUGUUCGUCAAAAUUCACCAGGGGGGCUACGUGCUCUGGGAGAUCCCGUCCGUGACGUCGUCGUCUUGUGACAUCGACGUGUCGUCAUUUCCGUUUGACGUUCAAAAGUGCGAACUGGCGUUUGGACCGUGGAUCCACAGUGGGUUCGAAGUGGACAUGAGGAGCAUGGGCGGAAAUGGUAGUUUGGAGUCGUUCAUUGACCACGCGGAGUGGGACAUCCUGUCGUUUGUAGCGGAGAGGAACGUGGAGACUUACGGUGAAGACUUCAACAUCGGGACACCAUAUGCUGACGUCACCUUCACACUCGAGCUGCGCAGAAAGUCGACAUUUUACGUCUUCAACUUGUUGCUACCCUGUCUGCUACUGACGUCUAUCAUGUCUGCGACGUUCUUCCUGCCGAUUGACAGCGGAGAGAAACUGUCGUUUGGAGUGUCUCUGCUGCUGUCUAUGGUUGUCUUCCAACUGGUCCUGAACGAAGUCCUACCCGAAUCAGACAAAUUACCCUGGAUAGGAGAGUUUGUGAUCGUGACCAUGGUGCUGAUGUCCUUCUCCCUCGCCAUGUCCGUGUUCAUCAUGAACGUGUGUGACUGUUCCCUGCACGCCCGUCCCGUCCCGCUAUGGAUGCAGAAACUUGUCAUGAAGUACAUCGCCAUGUUUCUGCUGAUGGGGGACCUGUCCAAGACUCACGACGCGGAGGAGGUGUGGGAGAGUCAGGAACUGUCCGAGCUGGACGACUCGAACCAUGUCAGCCACGUCAGCCACGUCACACUGGACUGCGACACUGUUCGGGGCUGCUGGAAAGACAUCAGUGCGUACAAUCUGGUCAUGAAAGAAGUGCUCGGUACAGUGAAAAACAUCAAGAACUCCAUGGACGUCAUCUCAAAUCACGUGAAAGAAUCAUCGAGUCAGUCCCGCAUUGAAAGACAAUGGAGAACACUAGCUAAGGUUUUGGAUCGGAUUUUCUUUACCAUGUAUGUCGUGGCUGCUUUCACUUGCUUGUUUGCAUUCUCAUUCAACGCCAAGGCAGCCGCUGAUGCGGAUGAUAAAGAUACGAAUACGACAUCCCACUAACUACAUAUAUGCCUUGCCAAGGACUGUGAUAUAAAAUGAAUGUCCCAAAUUACGAUGGAUAUAGCGCAGGCUAGCGUGUCGGUUUCCAAUGACCUGACCCACUUAGUGGUCUAUGAAGUUAUCAUUGGAACCGACACUGUGGAACGGCACAGCAUUGGGUGUAAGGGAUGGAUCAUUAACUUUAUUGCCCUACUACUACAGCUCGGUGACGUUCACAUUGUGACACAUGGGUACAUGUAAACAUGUGCAUGUGUCUUGAAAAGAUUGUCAACAUACAACACCUGUCC